ACACAGCAUGGAAAAAUGAAAAUCGGUAUACACAACAAUUUGCGCCACACACAAAUUCUGACGUUCUUGGAGUUGGCUGUGAUGGUGGUGGUGGUGGUGAUGGUGGUGGCGGGCUCUUGCUCUGGCUCUGGUUCUGGCUCUGAGACUCUAACUGUCACUGUGGGCUGUGUAGGGCGCAAGCACCGCGCGCAUUUUUGUUGCGCCGCCUCCGCCUCCCCCUUUCACCAGGCCAACAGCACCACGCCGCCGCCCCCCUUUCGUUCACACACCACUUGUUCUAUAGAGAGUCACACAUACAUACACUUGCACAUCCCCACUCAAACACACACACAUACACGCGCGUACACAUACACAUACACAAGUAGGCAGCGCGUUCUACAACUGCGCGUUGGCUGCGCGGGCAUCCAACGAAAACGAAUGAACGAACAGACGAAGGAACCAACUGGCGAACGAACCAACGAACCACCCUUGCCGCCAACGCCAGUCAGAGAUCUGAAAAAAUAUAUGUUGUAUCAAAUAGCGACAGAAGCGGUAUAAAAUAUCGAACUAAUCCCUUGUUCGCUCAUUCGGUUCAGUCCGUCGGUCUAUCGAACUAGUUGAAAGCAGUUCGAUUAGACUCUGAUAAUAAUAACAAAAAUGGCGGAUGUUGACGUUUUUAUAAGCAACUACACACUUGUGGAUCCAGAGAUUUAUCAACUAUGGAUCGAAGGAUUUUCUUCCAGCGAAGCGGUCUGCUAUUUGAAGCAGAAAGGAUUUGGUCAUUCAAUGGGUGCGCCAAUCGACUUGAUUGCAUCCGAUGUUCUGGACCAUUAUCGGACCUAUUCACUGAUUGAAACUUAUUUGCAUGCGCCCACAAAACUGAUGGAACAAUCCUGUUUCCAACUGGAGCAUCAUACGCGAGACCUAAUCAUUGAGAAAUACUAUUCGAUCGAUGAUGUUGUGGCACGCGAAAUCUUGGGAAAGAAGCUGAGUUCACGCUAUCGCAAGGAUCUGGACGAGGUGGGCGAAAAAACGUGCGUUAAGCUUAAGUCCUGUCGACGUCAAUUUGACAAUGUAAAACGCAUUUUCCGGGCCGUUGAGGAGCUGCCCGGCACCUUGACCAACAAUAUUAUGCAGCAUUUCUUCAUAUCGAACGAACUGGCCAAAAAAUAUGCCUGCAUAGUAUUUCUGGCCUGCUUACGCUUUGAAACGUCCAAAAAGAAAUUGCAAUAUUUGAGCUUUAGCGAUUUGCUCACUUGCUCACACGCCAUCAUGAUCUACUGGACCUACACUUAUCAGCACACCGGACCCGAGUACUAUGACACGGAAAUGGACAAGGAAUUUCUGCUGGAUUUACGUGAACUACGCUGUUUGCUGGACAAGGAAAAGGAAAUUAAACAUCUUGUCUGCUUGCGGCUAAAGCCUGUGCUUCUGGAGCGAGUCUUUCACGAAUUGGAUGGCAAUUUCCGUUCUUACUGGCGUGCGCUUAUCACCAUUGCGUGUAAUCUGCAUCGAAAUCGUGAGCUGCGAGAUCUAUUUGUGGAUCUUUGCGAGAGGCUGGUAGAUCCUUGGCGUCAAAACGGCUGGAAUCGCGAGCAGGUUAACAAAUUUCUGUCUUCAAUAACACAGAGCGUUCUGGAUUUGGAAAUAUCCAGGGACCAAGAGACGCGUUGUCUUUGGGAUCGCUAUAUGCAGGUUAUAACGAUAUGUUUGGACAAAAUGUAUCAUAUAUAAAAAAAAACGUACUUUGUUGUUUAUUUUUU